GCUCUCAACUAAUAUAUUCAAAGUGCUGUACUUUCAACCGUACAGAAUACAUUGAGAUAGUCUUUGUACUAGUCAAGGAAAAAUGUUGUGCAUCCUUCAAGUACAUCUCAGUUGGACUCCUUAUGCGACAGUGAGUGAUCUUUUGUGGCCUGGGCACAGUGGUCUAGACAAAGCAUUCCAGGAGUGCCACCAUGUUUACCGAGCAAGCAGCCCAGAGGGCCCACACACUGCUGUCUCCUCCAUCAACCAACAAUGCCACCUUCGCCCGGGUGCCUGUGGCAGCUUAUACCAACUCCUCACAGCCUUUUCGACUAGGAGAGCGCAGCUUUAGCCGGCAGUAUGCCCACAUCUAUGCCACCCGCCUCAUCCAGAUGAGACCCUUCCUGGUGAGCCGUGUUCAGCAGCAUUGGGGCAGUGGAGUCAGAGUGAAGAAGCUAUGUGAGCUGCAACCUGGAGAACAGUGCUGUGUGGUGGGCACAUUGUUCAAGUCCAUGCCGCUCCAGCCUUCCAUCCUGCGUGAGAUCAGUGAGGAGCAUAACCUGAUCCCUCAGCCUCCUCGGAGUAAGUACAUCCACCCUGAUGAUGAGCUGGUCUUGGAAGAUGAAUUGCAGCGUAUCAAACUGAAAGGCACCAUCGAUGUGUCAAAGUUGGUGACAGGAAUAGUCCUGGCAGUUUUAGGCUGUGUGGGAGAUGACGGCAAGUUUCAGGUGGAGGACCACUGCUUUGCUGACCUGGCUCCACAGAAGCCUGCACCUGCCCUUGACACAGACAGGUUUGUGCUGCUGGUGUCUGGGCUGGGCCUGGGUGGAGGUGGUGGUGAGAGCCUGCUGGGCACCCAGCUGCUGGUGGACGUGGUGACAGGGCAGCUCGGGGAUGAAGGGGAGCAAAGCAGCGCUGCCCAGGUGUCCCGGGUCGUCCUUGCAGGCAACCUCCUCAGCCGCAGCACCCAGAGCAGAGAUUCCAUCAGCAAGGCCAAGUACCUCACUAAGAAAACCCAGGCAGCCAGUGUGGAGGCGGUCAAAAUGUUGGAUGAGAUCCUCCUGCAGCUGAGCGCCUCGGUGCCCGUGGACGUGAUGCCAGGUGAAUUCGAUCCGACCAACUAUACGCUCCCCCAGCAACCCCUGCACCCCUGCAUGUUCCCGCUGGCCACGGCCUACUCAACACUGCAGCUGGUCACCAACCCAUACCAAGCCACCAUUGAUGGAGUCAGAUUCUUAGGAACGUCAGGACAAAACGUGAGCGACAUCUUCCGAUACAGCAGCAUGGACGACUAUUUGGAGAUCCUAGAGUGGACCCUGCGGGUCCGUCACAUCAGCCCCACUGCUCCUGACACCCUAGGCUGUUACCCCUUCUACAAAACGGAUCCAUUCAUCUUUCCGGAGUGCCCUCACGUCUACUUCUGCGGUAACACUCCCAGCUUUGGCUCCAAGAUCAUCCGGGGUCCAGAAGACCAGACAGUGCUAUUGGUGGCCGUUCCUGACUUCAGCGUCACACAGACCGCUUGCCUGGUAAACCUACGCAGCCUGGCCUGCCAGCCCGUCAGUUUUGCAGGCUUUGGAGCAGAGGACGACACCCUGGGGUGGGACCCCUGAAUGUGAGCCUUAUAAAUAAAUAAAGCGUGAAUGUUUACAAUUCUGA